CCUAUCACAUUCUUCUUCAAGCCUCCCUAUCUUCAAUACACCAGACAGCCAUUGCCAUCUCAGAAGCCAACGACAAUGGAGCUCCACUUCUCCACAACGCUCCUCAAAUUCAGACCACCUCUCUCUCUCCUCUCUCCCAUCACCUCUCUCUCCCUUACAACCCCUCUUCUCCUUCAACCCAAAAAAAAACUCUCCAAUCUUCACACACUCUCUUAUUCUCGCCAAUUCUUUCAUCCCCAACACCCAUCUCACAGAAAUUCAAUCCAUUUCACAGCUUUUUCAUCUCCUGCUUCCGUAGCUUCCGCAAAAGACCGCUUACCGGCUGAUGUUGAGGUCACGGAAACUGAAGAACCCAAUUCAAGAGUUAGGUUGAGUGUAGAAGUUCCGGCAGUUGUUUGUGAGGAUUGUUACCAAAGGGUCAUACGUGAAUUUACAAAGCUGGCAAAGAUCCCUGGAUUUCGCCCUGGGAAGAAAGUUCCAGAGACUGUUCUUAUAAAUCAUAUUGGGAAGAAAAAUGUUCAAAAGGCUACAAUUGAAUCUAUAUUGAAGAGGACCUUUCCACAUGCCAUGUCUUCGGUGACUGGGAGGGCUCUGAAUGACUCCAUCCGCAUUGUAACCAAAUUUUCAGAUAUGGAAGAAACCUAUUCUUCACAAAAAUCUCUGAGAUAUGAUAUCAUUGUUGAUGUGGCACCUGAAGUCAAAUGGGUUCCUGAAAAUGGAUACAAGAACUUGAAGAUUGUUGUUGAGAUAGACAGUGACAUAGAUGCUCAGAGAGCUUCUGAACAAGAGUUAAAACGUCGUUACAAGUCUGUCGGUUUGCUGAGAAUUAUAACUGACAGGGGACUACAGAUUGGUGAUGUUGUUGUCCUUGAUAUAUCAGCAACAACAAUAGACCAAGAUGAAUCAAAUGUUCAGAAAAUUCCAUCUGCAGAGAGUAAAGGUUUUCACUUUGAUACAGAAGAUGGUGAUAAAGUCCUUCCAGGCUUCCUUGACUCAAUAAUUGGCAUUCGACAAGGUGAAACAAAGUCCUUUCCACUAGUAUUUCCUGAAUCAUGGAGACAAGAAAAUCUCCGUGGUGUUCAUGCUCAGUUUACUGUUGAAUGCAAGGAAUUAUUUUAUAGAGAGUUACCUGAAUUAAACGACUCCCUUGCUGAGAAGCUUCUUCCUGGAUGCACCACCUUGGAGCAGGUCAAGGAAUCAUUGUUGCAAAGAUGCCUAGAGGUGGAGCAAACAGCUAAAGAACAAGCAACAGAUAACGCAAUUCUAGACCAGCUUCACAAGAUGAUUGAAGUAGAUAUUCCUCAAUCCUUGUUUGAGGAACAGGGCAGGCAGCUCUAUGGAGCCCAGCUUUUACAGAUACAGGCAAAUAUGAAGCUUAAUGAACAGCAGUUGGCAUCUCUGUCAAGUCCGAAGGCCGUGAAUGAAUACCUGGAAAGCCAGAAGGAGAAUAUAACAAGUGUGAUCAAACAGAAUCUAGCAGUGGGAGACAUAUUUAGACGUGAAAAUUUGCAGUUUCCAACAGAGGAGCUUGUCAAAGAGGUGGAGAACUCCAUUUCAGAAUUCAAACGUCAUAAACAAGAAUACGAUGAAGAGCGUAUUAGAGAACAGGUUCAGGAGGUGCUGGAAGGGGCGAAGGUCCUUGAAUGGUUAAAAGAACAUGCAGAGAUUCAGUACAAAACCAGGUGAAAGAAAGCUGGGUUAGAAGAUCAGGGAGAAUGCAAUGAUUUUAUUUGAAUUUAAAAAAUAACAAUUUUGGAAAUUUUGUCAUCCCAGCCUAAUGUUGUAAAUACCAUCGGACUUGUAGUCUUCACCAUUGUAAAAGAUACUCUUAGAUCAUAUAUGUUCUGAUUUUUCCAUGAA